AUGGUUUCUGCGUACGCUCGGUACUUUGCACCGACGUGGGCCGUGGUGGCCACCAUUUUUGGCGUCUUUUUGCUUAUGGAGACCUUCGCGACGCCGUUCCACCGCCAUUUCUACGUGCCCGACCCGCGCAUCAGCUAUCCGUACACUGCUGACAGCGUGCCGGACGCUCGACUGGCGGUGUAUACGUGCGUCGGACCCUGUGUGCUGAUCGCGCUGGCGACGGCGACGCAGUAUCUGCGGUCGGCACGCGACCAGAAACAGCGCGCAGUCCACCUGGCCAGUGUUUCGUGUCUUGCUCUGGCACUGGCUCUAGGGCUCAACGGACUCGUCACCGAGUUUAUUAAAAUCAAGGUUGGCUGGCCCAGACCAGACUUUCUGGACCGAAAAAGUGCUCCAGGACGGCCUGAAAUCGUUCCCGUCGGGCCACUCGUCGUUCGCGUGGUGCGGGAUGAAUUUCCUGAACUUGUGGAUCUGCGGCCAGUACAGGCUGUACGCGGGCCGCGCGGGCUUUUCCCUGAGCAAGCUGGCGCCGCUGGGGCCGGCGCUCGUGGCUCUCCAUAUCUGCAUCAGCCGCUCGCAGGACUACAAGCACAGCGCGCUGGACAUCACGUGCGGGUCGCUGCUGGGGCUGGCGGCGUCGUGGUGGGCGUACCGCCAGUUCUUCCCGCCCGUGGCGGACGAGAACUGCGGCCAGCCGCUCGUGCGCGCGCAGGAGCCCGUGCUACCGGUGUAGCAGGCUGCUUACAUAAGCAGCGUUUUUAG